AUGUGCACGUUGUACUUUCUGGAAGGCGUACUGAACAUAUCGCUGCUAUCGCUUGAGAGCAUCUUCGGAGGGUACGCCCUUUACGCCGUCCAUGCUAAAUCCAUGCUAACGCCAUACGCUGACGAGUCGCGACUCCCACCCGCGGCGCGUCUACCGCAGAUCCCAACGAACCGCGGCAACUGCGAACUUUCCUGCAAAGCCAACUUCCUAAACCAGGACUCCCAAAAUUGGGUAAUGAUCGCCUUCGGAGACGUGAUCUCAUUGCUUUCUUUCCGAUUCCUGGGGCCUGCGGAGAUGACCCAUGUGCAGGCACUUUCUACGACGCAGGAGAGUGGAGUCGCGAUCGAAGUCCACAGACAUCAUACGAGACCGUUGGGCCCUGUCAUUUUAGUCCUGUCAGUUCUAUCUGCUCCUUCAGCGCCCUGGGCUUCAUAG